AUGGGCAGCAAUCAAACAUGGAUCACAGAAGUCAUCCUACUGGGAUUCCAGGUUGACCCAGAACUUGAAGCUUUUCUUUUUGGGUUGUUCCUGCUAUUCUACUGCCUCACCCUGAUCGGAAAUGGGGUCAUCCUGGGACUCAUCGUCCUGGACGCCAGACUGCACACCCCCAUGUACUUCUUUCUCUCAAGCCUGGCCAUUGUGGAUAUGUCCUUUGCCUCAAGCAUUGUCCCUAAGAUGCUAGCAAAUCUUUUAGUGCGGAAGAAGACCAUGUCCUUUGCUCCGUGCAUCCUUCAGACCUUCCUGUAUUUGGCAUUUGCCAUCACAGAGUGUACAAGCUUGGUGGUCAUGUCCUAUGACCGCUACGUGGCGAUUUGCCACCCCUUGCAUUACACUGUCAUCAUGAGCUGGAGGGUGUGCACGGUCCUGGCUGCCACUUGCUGGGUCUUCAGCUUUCUCUUGGCUCUCGUCCACGUGACUCUUCUUCUGAGGUUGCCCUUUUGUGGGCGCCAGACGAUCAACCACUUUUUCUGCCAAAUCAUGGCAAUAUUCAAGUUGGCCUGUGCCGAUACUCGGCUCAAUCAAGUUGUCCUCUUCAUAGGUUCUGUGUUGGUUUUAGUGGGACCCCUCUGCUUGGUGCUGGUGUCCUACACGCGCAUCCUCAUUGCCAUCCUGAGGAUCCAGUCUGGAGAGGGUCGCAAAAAGGCCUUCUCCACCUGCUCUUCCCACCUCUGCGUGGUUGGGCUCUUCUUUGGCAAUGCCAUCGUCAUGUACAUGACCCCCAAAUCCAGCCAUUCUGAAGGUCAAAGGAAGAUCCUGUCCUUGUUUUACUGUCUUUUCAACCCUAUGCUGAACCCUCUGAUCUACAGCCUGAGGAACGCAGAGGUCAAAGGAGCCCUGAGGAGAGUGCUGAGGAGCAAGAGAGCACUGUGA